AUGGAGAAGAGAAGCCAAAAUAAUUCCGUUGUAACGAAUCUUGAGAAACAACAGCAAGCAGGCCUCACUGUAUCACAUUUGCACUCAUCAUCUGACCGAAAAAAAGAGAGAAAAGAAGAAGAAAAUAUCACAAAAAAUCACGGUUAUGGUGGAAUAGACAAAUUGGUCUCGCGACUAAGAUUUCAAGACAACAAUUUAAAGCAUAAAAUGUGUGCAAUUUUUCCAAGGUAUUAUUGUACAACAGGUGGUUUUAAUUCACUUUCUGCUGUUGAGACUUGA